AUGAACAGUCACCAUCAGUACCACAGUAAGUGUCGGUCACCCCGCAGUGAUCAAGGACGGGAACAACCACCAGAAAAGGAUCGACAGCGGCUCCAACAACAGCGUCAACCUGUCAAUUGGCGGUCAUUACACGUAUCACCGCCGCCGGCCUCGCAGCCGCCACCCGAGUGCCAGCAACAGCACAACAAAGCGAAAAUCGUCGAGUUGUCGGACGAUGCGCUGCCCGGGACACUGGUCACUGAUGGUUACCAGUUAGGCUCGACGGUAGGCUAUGGAUCAUAUAGCAAGGUGCGGAUGGCCCUAAAGUCGUUGCCGGGGAACAAAACAACAAGGUUGGCGUGCAAGGUUAUUGACAAAAAGCGCGUGACCGGCGGGUCGUACGUGCGCAAGUUCCUGCCCAGGGAGUUGGACGUGUUGUGCGCGGUCCGGCACCCACACGUGGUCAGGACCCAUCGGAUAUAUGCGACCCCGUCCAUCGUGCACGUGUUCAUGGACUAUUGCGAGUCUGGCGACCUGCUCAGCCAUCUGCAGAACGCCAAGACCAUGCCACAGUGGCAGGCGCACACGUUUUUCAAGUGAGCCCGAACUCUGAAUAAAGUCCGAAUAAGUAGCCGACCAGUCACACGAAUCUGGGAAUAGGUGCGGGGAUUCUGAGAGGGGGGGGGUGGGUUAUUGAAAAUUUCAUAAUAAUCACAUACCAACUGGACACCCGUAUUACCGAAAUACUUGACGAUAAAAUAUAAUAAUUUAUUAUCGUCGUUUUAAAAAUAUCGUAUCGAUACAGGCAGAUAUGUGAUGCCGUAGAAUAUCUACAUCAGAAAGACAUAUCGCACAGAGACAUAAAAUGCGAGAACGUGCUGUUGGAAAGCAUGCGACACGUCAAGCUGGCCGAUUUCGGAUUCGCCAGGAUGUGUUCGGACGAGCGGGGCCGGCGACUAAUGAGUCAGACGUACUGCGGCAGUUCGUCUUACGCGGCACCGGAAGUGCUUCAAGUAUACUUAAAUUAUGCGUUGAUUGUUAAAAUUUAGCACGUUCAUUUUUUAAUUUUUAUUAUAUUUUCAAGGGCAUACCGUACGACCCAAAAGCCUAUGACGUGUGGGCGCUUGGCGUAGUACUUUACGUAAUGCUGGCUGACACCAUGCCGUAUCCACACUCUAACCGCCAGCAGAUCGUGGCCAAUCAAGUUGCCAAAAAAUUUGCAAAGCCCAAGAAACCGGUAUCCCGAGACGCGCUGAGGCUAAUCUCGUAA